AUGAACGAUGUGGUUGAGAUGAGCAUUGCCCUGACUCUUGGCAUCUGGCUGGACCACCAGCCCUUCAUCCUGGUCCCUGUCUGUUACUUCUUCCUGGUUUGGGUUGCAACCACCACCAUGAACAUGCCCAUAAACCUAGCUGUGAUGGCCCUGGAGCGAUAUGCUGCCGUCUGCUUCCCUCUACACCACUCCCAGAUCUGUAGCCUGCAGAGGACCUACCUGGCCAUCGCUGUGAUAUGGCUCAUCGGUGUCAUCCCCUCCGCCACCGACCUCUUCAUGGUCAUCAAAGUGGAGAGCACCGCCUUCUUCCGCAGCUCCGUCUUCUGCAUCCGUGAAAGCAUGCUGCGGACACCCAGGCAGGCUGGCAACCGGGUCUACUUCAUGGCAGUCUACCUGUCUGUGGUGUGGCUGAUCCUCGUCUUCACCUACCUGAAGAUCGUCCUCGCUGCCAGGUCAGCUAGCUCCUCCGAGAAGACCACGGCCAAGAAAGCCCGGAACACUGUCCUUCUACACGGGGGUCAGCUCAUUCUCGCUAUGCUCACCUAUACUUCACCUGCAUUCGAGCAGCUCCUCCUCACCUUGCCAGCAGACAUGCGACCCAAGAUAACCUACGCCAGGUACUACCUGAUCUAUGCCAUACCCAGAGCCUUGAGCCCCAUAAUCUAUGGACUGAGAGAUGAGAACUUCAGAAAGCACCUGAAAGCGCACUGCUUCCAAAAGCGGGUCCUGCCCUCAAAAGCCACCCACAACACAAAAAACUAG